AUGUGGACGUUCGCUUUUUUAUUAUUUUCAUGCUAUUUCAUUCUAGGAAUGGCAGCUAAUAUUUCAGGCAUCAGCUUUUCAGAUUUAACAAUUACUGCUGUUCCAGGCUCUCAAUCAUAUCCACACCAAGGAUGGUGGGCCAAAUUCCGCUAUUCUAUUCCAGAUACAACAGAUGUCAAAGCUGGUGAUUACUUCACACUUACAAUGCCCGAGGUAUAUAAGAUUAAGUUUGACAACACACAAACGUCCUUUAAGGUUUCUUUGGGUAGCGAUCCGAUUUUCGAAUGUUACGCUAGUAAACAGGCGGCAUAUCUACAUGAAGAAACUGUCAUGCAAUGUGAUGUAUUGACUGAUUUAUCUGGGUAUGAGUCAAUUUCUGGUGAGAUUCAGAUUACUUUGGUCUUUAGCGAUGGAUCUUCAAUUUAUCAAUAUGAAUUGCAACAUGCAAGCACCUUUACUGAUGGUUUACACACUGUGAAUAUAGGGGAUAUGACGGCAGAAAUUGACGUUAGUGCGGCGGACUAUACUGAUGGAUUUUAUUAUUCAGGGCGUACAACCACCUAUAAUUCUUUAGAACUUUACUAUCUCGGCUUCAACUGUCCAAAUGGCCAUGUCUUGAGCGCCAAACAGACCAUGCAGUAUGAUAAAAACUUUAAGAUCGAUUGUGACAGUGGACAAUUCUACCAAUCUAAGAAUUUCAACGAUUGGCUAUUCCCAUUCGAUAAGCACAACUUAGAUGGCAGUAUGGAAUGCAAUGAUAAUCUCGUUGAAAUCUCUGUUGGAGAGAUGGAAGAAGGUUCUCGUAUUUGGGCUAAUGUCUUACAAUCUGUAGGUGUUGAGACAGCAACUAUCAGCAAUACCAUAUUAUUUGAUUACACUUGCACAGAUACUGUUGCAGGUAGACAAUACACCACCACAACUCGCCAUACACCUGUUGUAGUGAUUACCGAAGGUGUUUUCACUGGGAUAGCAACUGCUCCUGAACGAUCAGCUACUACAACUGUCAUAACUUCUUGUAGUGGAGGAUGUCAGGGCGGUACCACUAGUAUUCCAAUUUCUGCAACCGAAACGCCUGCUAGGGCUACAAUCACUGUGACUGAACCAUGUACUGGAAUACAUACUACAGUUUCUGGUACCGAUGAUACUGACACUGUGCAUGUCGUUCCAACAUGUAUAAAGCAGACUUCAAACUCUUCAACAAUUUAUCCUUCCAUAUCAGUUACAACAAUCUCUGAAACCAAUAUUGUGGAAACAACAUCUAAUACCACGUCAAUUGAGGUUCCAACACCUGUGCCAUCUGUUGAAACAAAUACCUCUUCAUCUACUUCAGUAGGUUCGAUUACGAUUUCGACACCGCCAGGUACCAUUGAACCAAAGAAGUCCACGAACAGCGGUACUGUAUCUGAGUCAACUAUAUUAUCUUCUCAGAGAGUACAAGAUUCGUCAACAACUUCACAUAUUGAGCCCACGACUGCGACGGAAAAUUCGACAUAUUCCUCCAGCUCUUCGGAAGAAAUAACGAAAUUGUCUUCAUCCACUUCUAAUAUAACCACCACCCAGUUUUCAAGCCCUCAGUCCUAUUCUUCAGCUCCUUCUAUUACUAAUUCUUCCACAGCUAUAUCCACUACCCCAAUUGUUAGUUCGUUUACACCCACUGUCACAUUUAUCUACUCAUCUAUCAGCGUACAUACAUUUGAAGGUGGCGCCGUAGGUAAAUUAGUAUUCAAUAACAUCAGAUUAGGUGGAUUUGCUCUAUUGCAAUAUCUACUAUUAUAG